AUGAAGCCUAAUCAACAUAAACACCAUUAUCACCACCCUCGUCUCUUAAGUCAUUACGGUGAGCUUCAACGCCGACAAAUCGGAACAGGUGCAUCCGCCACGGUGCGACUGACAUAUCAGAAACAGGCCAAUGGGAAAAUGCGUGUAUAUGCAAUUAAAGCAUUCCGAAAAAGAAAGGCGAGAGAAACCGAAGCUAGUUUUAUGAAAAAACUGAUUAGUGAAUUCUGUAUCUCUUCUACUUUGGACCAUAUUAACAUUGUCAAGACAGUGGAUUUAGUCGUGGACGAUAAGAAUAGAUAUUGUACUGUCAUGGAAUAUUGUUCAGGGGGUGACCUUUAUUCGUAUAUCAAGGAAGGUAGGCUAUCAUCAUGUCAAGAUGAGGCGAAUGGCUAUUUUAAGCAACUCUUAAACGGUCUUUCCUAUCUUCAUAAUUUGGGCGUUGCACAUCGAGAUAUCAAACCCGAAAACUUACUGCUGAUCAAACAAAAGAAUAAUGGGAUACUAUUAAAGAUUUCUGAUUUCGGAGAAGCUGAUGUAUUUCGUGAGGCGUGGCAAGAAACCAGUAGGCUUUCCGAUGGUUUGUGUGGGUCUACACCUUAUAUUGCACCAGAAGUCUUCUUAUGCUCCAAGCAAGGGUAUAGGGCCAGUCAAGCUGAUGUCUGGUCGGCUGCUGUGGUGUACUUUUCCAUGCGAUUAAAUGGCGUACCAUUUUAUUCGGCGCAGCAAUCGGAUUCAAAUUAUAGAUUGUAUCAACGCCAUUAUACAAAGUCUUCGUAUCCUGCUUUCCAAUCUUUUGAUGAAGAAAGCAAAUCGAUGAUGUAUGCAAUGUUGAACCCUGACCCGGAGAUGAGGUUUACCAUUCAAGAUGUAUUAAAACUGACCUGGUUAGCCGAAGUGAAGCCGCCAACGUGUUUAUUGUAA